UCAAUUGUGUUCCCUAUUCUCGUCAAAAGUCGGCUGUUGUUGCUGUUGAGUCAAACCAAGACGGUCCUGGACGCUGUGUUGAGUCAGAGCAGUGCGCUCCACGCUGACACGUGAACGCGUCUUCUCUUUUCUCGCCGCAAACGGAAGCGCAACUUCGCUCCUUUUUUGCACUUUGACAUCGCAGUGUUUUGGGGGAGAGGAGGAGGAGGAGUAGGGUUUCGUGUCGCCUCGGAGCCAAACGCUGGAUUGUUGUCAAACAUUUCUUCACACCAACACCUCGUCUCGCUUUCACCGUUUCUCGUCACGCACUGAGGCUUUGUGCGUUUUUCUGGUGCACAGAAAGGGGGUGCCUUCACCGCCUCGAGGCAAAGCGGCAAGACUGGGCACGGUGAAGACUUGUUGCGCGCAUCCGGGGAGCGCACCAGUCCAGUUUUCAUCCAAGUCCAUGUACAGUACCUGCGUGUGAUGCUUUGAUUUGAGCUGCGGGUCUGUGAGUGGAGCAUGGACUGUGGAGAUGAGCUCAGCCUGAAGUCAGCACGGCUCGCUGCUCUGUGACUAUGACAGUCUGCCCAUAAUUAACCAAACUGGACUGAUUAGUUUGCUCCUGUGUGUGUGUGUGUGUGUGUGUGCGUGCGUGCGUGCGUGUGUGUGUGUGUGUGAGAGAGAGCUGCUGCCGAGCGGCUGAUGCUUCAGGAAAAACCAUUUCUCCUUUAAAUGGCAUCCACGCGCAGCAGAGUCAAACUUUAUUCGGGUCAGAUCCGACGACUUGAUUAAUUUUCCUCCCCCGGUGUUUCAAAUCGAGCCCUGCCUCUCUCUUCUCAUCGACAUGUCUGAGCGUGAUGGAUAUGGAGACGGGCUGUGCAGCGACGGAGCGCAGGACUGCAUCCCGCCGAGAGCGUCCCGCGGCCGGCGGAGCGGUGUCAUCCUCCCCGGUGGAGGUGGCGGCCAGGACACCGACACCAUCCUCCUGGAUUCGGUGAAGGCGGCACCGCGCCGGAGCAGCAUCAUCAAGGAUCCCACGGUGCAGAAGGUGGGCGGAGGCAGAAAGAAGACUGUGUCCUUCAGCAGCAUGCCCUCUGAGAAGAAGGUGAGCAGUGCUGCAGACUGCUUGGCGUUCAUGCAGGGCGGGUGUGAACUGAAGAAGAUUCGGCCCAAUUCCAGAGUUUACUGUCGUUUCUACACUCUGGACACCGACCUCAGCUGCUUACGCUGGGAGCCGUCUAAGAAGGACGGGGACCGGGCUCGAUUGGACGUCUCCAGCAUCCGAGAGGUUCGCACGGGGAAGAGCACUGAGACGUUCCUCCAUAACGGUCCUCUCUCUGAGCACCUGGCUGAGGAAGCAGCCUUCUCCAUCAUACAUGGGGACGACUACCAGUCUCUGGACUUGGUUGCAUUGUCGGCAGAUGUGGCCAACAUCUGGGUGACAGGCCUUCGCUACCUGCUGGCCCACCCCUCAGUCAUUGGGGGUGGAGGUGGUGGUGGAGGAGGAGGUCUGAGUGAAGGAGGGGGUGUGGCGGUCGACGGCAGCCUAGGGGGCAAGAUGAGGAGUGAGUGGCUGGCGGCGGAGUUCGCCCAGGUGGAUGAAGACGGCUACGGCAUCGUGUCAGAGGACGUGGCCGUCGCCACCAUCUGUAAACUGUGUCCAGGUAUCAAGGAAGCAAAGGUGCGACUGCGUUUUAAGGAGAUCCAGCGCAGCAAAGAGAAGCUGACCUCCCACGUGACUCGUGAGGAGUUCCAGGAGGCCUUCUGUGAGCUCUGCACCCGGCCUGAUGUCUACUUCUUACUGGUGCAACUGUCAAAGGACCGCGAGUGUCUCGACCCUCAGGACCUCCGCCUCUUCCUGGAGACGGAGCAGGGUUUGUCUCUGGCGACGACCGAGGGCUGCUGGGAGCUGCUGAGGCGCUGCGAGCCGUCCGCCCAGGGCAGGGAGAGGGGGCUGCUGGGUAUGGAUGGAUUCGCCCGCUACCUGCAGUCUCCAGAGUGCCAGCUGCUCGACCCGGAGCACCUGGGAGUUUGUCAGGACAUGAACAUGCCUCUGUCCCACUACUACAUCAGCACCUCGUACCGCUCCUACCUGCUGGAUGAUCAGGUCCACGGCAGAGCAGACCUGGGAGGGCUGAUCAAGGCCCUGCAGUCCGGCUGUCGCUGCGUGGAGCUGGGAGUGACUGACGGCCCAGAGGGGGAGCCUCUCCUCGGGGUCGACUAUGGGCCAGAGAUCCCUCGCCACCAUCAUCACCACCACCACCAUCACCACCAUGCGCCUGUCACCAUCCGCUCAGCUCUGGAGGUGGUCAAUAAGUACGCCUUCCUGACCUCUCAGUACCCUCUCUUGGUGUACUUGUGCCAGCGUUGCUCUCCUGGCCAGCAGCGCACCAUGGCUCAGCACCUAAAGAAAGUGUUUGGCGCCCGUCUUUACACUCCAGAGGCGCUCCAUGUCAGCCUGGGGGGGCGAGCCACAACCUUACCCUCCCCCGAGCAGCUGAAGGGACGCAUCCUGAUAGUGGGGAAGAAGCUCCCUGCAGAGCAGGACGGUUCUGAGGGGGAGGUAUCUGAGGAGGAUGAGGAGAUAGGAGGAGGGGGGCCUUUGGCAGGACGCCGAAUGACCAUCCCUGGUGAGGAGGAGCUGGGUGUGGUCUUGGUGGUGCCUCCACCCUCUCAACCCAGGAAGCUACGCCUCCACAGAGAGCUGUCAGACCUGGUGGCGAUUGCUCGCACGGGCAGCCGCAGCUUCUACGCGCAGAGAUCCAGUCACAAACAGGCUCAGCAGCAGUCACCACCCAGCAGCCCCUCCUCUCCCAGCACGCCAAUCCCUCCUGAGCCGCCUUAUUGGACGCUGUGCUCACUGGGUGAGGGAGAGGCCGGGCGGCUCACCACUGAGAGCCCAGAGGACCUCGUAAUGUUCACCAAGCGCACCCUGACCAGGGUGCGACCCAGCUCAGUGCGUCUGGACUCCAGUAACCCCAACCCACAGGGAUACUGGAAAGGAGGUGUCCAGCUCGUGGCCUUGAACCAGCAGACUCCCGGCGCCAUGCUGGACCUCCACAGAGGUCGCUUCUCGCAGAACGGAGGGUGUGGUUACGUUCUGCGCCCAGCUGUAAUGAGGGAUGAGGUGUCGUAUUUCAGUGCGCACACGCAGGGCUGUGUGCCAGGAGUGCCUGCUCAAACUCUGCGGAUUAAGGUGAUCAGCGCCCAUAACCUGCCCAAGCCUCAGGGCUCAGGGGCGAAGGGCGAGGUCAUCGACCCGUAUGUGGUCCUGGAGCUGCACGGCGUACCAGCAGACUGUGCUGAACAGCGUACACGCACUGCUGCUCAGAACCAGGACGACCCGCUGUUUGAUGAGACCUUUGAGUUUCAGGUCAACAUGCCGGAGCUGGCCUUGCUGCGCUUCGUGGUGUUAGACGACGACUACAUUGGAGACGAUUUCAUCGGCCAGUACAGCGUGGCCUUUGAGUGCCUUCAGCCCGGCUACCGCAACGUGCCCCUGCUGGGCAUGGCGGGAGACCCCCUACCCCACACCAGCCUGUUUGUCCACGUGGCGAUCACCAACCGCCGAGGAGGCGGGAAGGCCCAGCGGCGAGGUCUGUCGGUGAGGAGGGUGGGGAGGCGAGGCCGGGAGUACGUCACGCUGAGGCACACCGGCAUCAAGGUGGUGGAUGAGACUUUCAAAUCGGCCAGUGCUCCCCUCAAAGAGGCUACGGACCUGCGAGAGGAAGCUCAGAGCACCACCGCCAGCUUCAAAGAGCAGUGUGGGCUCCCCACGGUGGCCAAACUGAAGCAGUGCAUCCAGAGCCUGGCGACCAGGCUGCAGAGCCCCGAGGGACCCAUGGGGGCCACCAUGGUGCUGAAGGAGGGAUACCCGUGUCUGGAGGCUCUGGUCAACCUCUCAGAGCCGACACGCAAACUGCUCACUGCCUACGACACGAUGAUCGCCGCCCAGAAACAGCUGAUUGAGAAUGCGGAUGCCGUUCAGGAGAGGAUCGCCCAGGUGCAAAGAGAAGGCAUGGACUUCCACGAGGAUCUGUCUCGGCUCGGGGAGAAGGAGGGACUGAAGGGACGCAAGCAGUGCAAAGCUGUGGAGAGUUUCACCUGGAACAUCACUGUCCUCAAGGGUCAGAGCGAUCUGCUGCGAGGAGCUAAGAUGGAUUCCCUGGAUGCCCUGAGGCAGCUGGCUCUGGCCUGCGAAGCCUGCGGACUCACCUCCUCCUCCUCCUCCUCCAACUCCUCGUCCUCCACCUUCUCCACCGCCGAGCUGCACUACUCCUCCCACCCUCUGUCUGGCCGCCGAAGCAGCACGCACGGCAACGGCCGCAUCUGAUGAAAAAGGGAGCGGACAGAGUAAUUACAGAGGAUAACAGAGAUGAGGAGAUACGACAGCGAGAGAGACGGAACAAAAAAGCACCACAGGAGACAGAGGCUUUUCUCUCUGGCAGUGUGUGUAUCCCUUUAUCCAGUGCAGUAUGUGUCUAGACUAGCCCAGACCGAAGCAGUGUGUCUGUUAAAGCCUUACGCUGAGGUCAUCAAUUUAUCACCGAAAGGUCCGGCCUGUAGAGAGGCUCAUCAUGAAUGUCGUAACUCAGCCGUGGAGAGGCAAAGAGAGACUCUCCACACGGGUUCUUGAACUUUUUGACGGCUCCUGCUUGCUUUUCUGUGAGAAAAUGUGUGACUCAAUAUUGUAACUCUAUGGGGUUUCCUCAUUAGACAGGAAAUAAUAGUCGCCUGAAUAAUUUGUGACAACGGGGUUGUAGUGAUGUUCACGGUCCUGUUGGUGUUUGGAGGUAGAAUGAGGAAUGGAGAUAUGAUGGCACGAGUUAUUCUCUGCCUCAGCAUUUCAGCUCCUCCCCUGGGAAGGCAACAAGAUCACCUGUGUGUGUGUGUGUUUACAGUGUUGCAAGUGGUGCUGUAAGCGACUGAUUGACAGGAUGUGACCCAGAAAAAACACACAGGUGGAGACAGAUUCAAGUAGCCUAUGUUUGUAAUGUAGUACUACUUCUUUAAACUGACAAAAGUUUUAUGGUAAUUCUAAUUUUCCUUUAGAUGCAACUGCAGUUAAUGCAACUGAACUCACACAGCAGCUUCAAGUAGAAACAGACAACUUUUUAACUUCCCCCCCUCUGGCAUUUCUGUCGUUCCGUUGUUACAGUUUGUGCCACGGUUGUAAAGACAACCGAAUUUUUUUCCUUUUCCCUCAGAGGCUAGCAACUCCCAACACACAGUCAACUCUGCAUUUUGUUUUCCACCAGGGUGUUUGACCAUCUGCCAUUACUGAGCUCGACUCAAGCCGGCUGAUGGUGUUAUCUGCAACUCAGCUGGUCAAAUCGCUGGCAGCUGGUGUUAACGCUGAUAAUUCGAUUCGAUAAUUGAGCUUAUCUAAAGUAUCAGUGGUUAUUAAUGAGGUUUGGGAGUUUGGACAGAUUAAACGUCUUGUUCAUUCAAACAUUGGCUGAUUUAUCUAAUUGACUGCGUUGGUUCUUUCCAGACAUGAAUCUCUUAAAUGGGGAUAGCUGCCGAUAGCUACAAAGGAAAACAAAAGCGCUGCCCUCUUCCUGCUUUCGUUGCGCAGUGGUUUGACGCUGCAUUUUGUUUUUCCACAGUUAAUGUGGUUGUUCCACGAUGGUGGAUGGUAACUGAAAAGAAUAUAAGUCCAGUUCAGACCAAAGAUUUGUGCCGAGAUGAAACCGUUUUAGAACGUUGCGGUGAAAAGUUGCAGCGGUGUGAACUGGCCGGUCUGAGCUCGACUCAAGCCAGCUGAUGGUGUCACCUGACACUCAGCUGGUCAAAUCGUUGGCGGCUGGUUUUAAAGCCGAUAAUUGAUUAGAUAAUUGAACUUAUCUAAAGUAUCAGUGCUUAUUAUGAGGUUUGGGAGUUUGGACAAAUGAAACGUCUCGUUCAUUCAAACAUUGGCUGAUUUAUCUAAUUGACUGCGUUGGACUUGAAUCUCUUAACAAAAGCUGGACUUCUUGUCUGGUCUGUUUCUAAACUUUUAACGAGAGUACACAAAGAUCCGCUUGCAACUCUGAGCACGCACACCUUUCAUCAUCUAACUGCUACGCUCAUGUAUUGUGUGAAAUAACCAGCAGCACACACACACACACACACACACACACACACACACACACACACACACACACACACACACAGGCUCUUGUUAUCUCCACCAGCCCGUCAUGUUCACUUGGAGAGGGGACGGCUGAAACGCGAGGAGAAGAGGUGUAGCGAAGAGGAGACACGGUAAUUGGAGAAGUUGCGGAUGUGUGUUGAUACUGUAGUACAACAUGUCUGCUGUAGUACAUGUGUGGAUCACAUAACCUCCUCACUAUACCAACAUGUGGAGCCAAGUGACGCUCAGAGACUGUACAUGUGUUAGUGUGUAGAACAGAUGCCUGCAGCAGUGAUGAAGUACACAGUAUUGAUGUAGCAAUAAUAAUAAGUUACAGGAGAGUGGGCGAGGGUGUGUAACUCAGUGUGACGUGACCGAAGGAGUGACAACAGUAACUUUAUAGCUCAGUGAUGCUUUUAAAUGUGUUUGAAAAUGGUGUCCAGCAGGUGCUACUGAUCUUAGCUCAUAGGUGUGCUUACCUGUAAGUGAUGGCGUUCCACUCGGCCUUUUGAGUUCAACUGUGUGUUUCUUCUUGACGCAGGCAAACACCUGAUACCUGUUCUUUUAACUCAGCUUUUCUACUCAUAUUCUUGUAUGUUGUGAUGCUGCAUUUGAACCAAACCUGACAAAGUGAUGCUGAACAACACACAGGACUAAACUAACAGAUUAGACACUGAUCUUUUCUCUCUUGAACAAAAUUUUAUCUCCAGUGUUGGUGAUUUACAGGCUUUAUACUAAGUUGAAGGAUUACAUGUUUUAAGUCGUUUAGUUUAAAGGGUAACUUCAGUGUUUUCAGAUCCGGACCCUAUUUUGCUCUGUUUUUGUUUCUAAGUGAUAAACAGGAACAACAGUUUUGAAACUGGUCCAGUACUGAGCGAGGAGCUGACCACUGUCAACCUAUGGAAAGGAUCCUCACAGAGAAAGACUUUUAUGUUUAAGAGUAAGAGUAAAGCUGAAAACACGCUGGUGCUGCCGCUGCGUGUCAAGUGAAGCACAUCAAGUGCCGCCCUUUACACAUGCAUGACGUGUUGCGCUGCAGCUCGUCAACAGACGACCAUGCAAAGUACUUUAACUGAAAGAUUUGUUCUUCCUCCACCUCCGCAUGAGCCUAAAAUCACGUGUGGAGGGCCACUAAUUAAAAUUGAUUUCUCACCUGAAGAGCCCAGGAAGUAUCUUUUAGGCCAUUGUCUUCAUAACAACGGGAUUGUGGGUCGUUUAGCUCAGGGUUUUUUCGACCUCAACAAUGAGUCUCUCCUCAUGCAUUUGUCAUGACACACGAGACACGGCAACAGCUGCAGAGUUCUCUUUAUACAUCCAUGGUGAGGAGAGGAGUCGAGCUGCCACAGGAGCAGAGAACAAGAGCUGCUAUGGGAGCUGGUGUGUACAAACAGAGAGUGAGAGGGGGGAAACGCAUUUAAUUGCAGGGGCUGCAAAGGCUGGAAAUAGGACAGUGGCGUCAUUAGUCUCGCGUGACCAACCUCCCUUACUUCGGAAUGGGAGUCUGGGGACAUUCGUCUUUCGUUUCGUAAUAGAAAUGGACGGGGAUAUCCAGACCACGUGACGGCGUUGCCAUAGGUGCGGCACGUGUGUUACAUGUAACAGAGACGUUGCAGCUCUGCAAUAUAGCUGAAUCAAAUGAAAUCAUAUCCAUUUUAAUCUCUUGCGAUGCACUGAACACUUCCUUUUCUGCUGUACUACGGACAACAAUUUGGGGAACAGCAAUUCCGGUGUGGGUGGGUGUAAGGCAAAGCUUAUCAGCCGUUGGUCGAGGAAGUACGGAAGUACACGGAUUUGGAUCUAAUCACAUCACUGCCGCUGGGAGCCAGCCCUAGUUCUAUUACAACUUUCCUAUGGGAAUGUCCACAGACGACAGAGUCAGCCAGCGUGCUGACGUCAUCGGCGUCUGUGUAAGAGACUAUGGUGUCGUGCGCAGCGGAUUCAUGCGUCCAGGAGCGCUGACGUGCGUCUAGUUGCUGCUGGUGUGGGGUUGUACAUUGAAAAUAAUAGGGGUGUAUGUAUUUUUGACGCAUGCUGUGUGCAGCAGGUGUGUUUGGCCUUUAGAGUUCAACCAGAAACAUCUGCAAAAUUUUCAGUGCCAAACACACCAGACUCCAUUUAAAGAAACAGCAUUUUAGCAUGUGAAGAAACAGCAUGUUUAUUUCAACCAAAGCAAAGUUAUGUUGUUGAUUGAUUGUUGGAGCAGUGGAAAGACAAACCAAGACAGCUUUUUAUGAGUUUCAUUUUGAUUCUGUCGACUUUGAAUGACGCAUGUUUUAUGCUGAUAAAAUUCUUUUUUAUUCAAAUGGAGUCUGGUGGGUUUGAUGAUGGUGAUUUUGGGGCUGUUUCCGGUUAAAAAAAAGGGAGUAAUCCUUUCCAUAGUGUUGUCAGGCACUUAUAGUAAUGAUCUGAGCCUGUCAGUGGCAAAAACAAACUCCUUUAGUGGAUGAAAAUUGACGCCAGUUUCACUGCGCUGUCUCUGGACCAAAACUGGACCAGAUGUUGUUCCCAUUAGUCACACAGACACAAAAACAUGGGGACAUUGUGUCCGAGUUGAAAAAGGUUCCCUUUAAACAGGGCUUUUUUUUUCUUAGUUCCAAGAACUUAACAUUUUAGAGGUUUUUAAGGAGUUAUGUCAUUAAACAGAUCAAGUCAGGCAGGUGUGUUUGAAAUGUUUUUUAUUAUCUUUAAUCUCACUAUGAUGUCACGGAUUUAAAUUGAUUUCCACCUAACUCUGCAAACAGAAGCAGGCGUGAGUCGAGCAGGGAACCCUUGAGUGGAAGACAUUUUGAAUGUUUAUUCUGCCCUUUGAGGGAGGCAGGAAGGUGGACCGACGGGAGACGAGCAUCACAGAUAAACAUUGUAAGGCGUUCACCUGCAGUUCGACCCAGCCGCUGGCAUUUUGCAGCAGACAGGAUGUAAUGAGAAACACUGAACUGCGGGCAUGACACUACGGUUUGCUAACCCCCUCUUUAAGUGCUUGUGCAGGACUACUGUAUGUUCUGAAUGGCAUCCUGUAUUUUUGUACGCUGUUUUGCUGCCUUUCAUUUAUCUACGCAUUCCUUUCCUUUUCAAAUACCAUUGACCUCGUUCUUACCUCCACUUCUCUCCAUCCUGUUGAGAGACAGAGCUGAUGUACUGAGUCCUAGCCACAGGAGGAGGUUGACCUGAUAACAUUUCCAUGACUGGGUUUUUUCCUCUUUUGUUUGUGUGUCUGAGAGAAGGCACGCGCUUCUAAAUGUAGACAUAUAUAUAGAAGAGAGAGCAAAGGUUGAAGGACAGAAGAAGAAGAAGAAGAAGAAGAGGGGACGGAUAUUGGAUUAACUGUUGUGUGGUUGGCUGGGCACACCUGCAGAGCUUCAUAAUUGGCUGUGAGCAAUAGACAGAGUGACAGCACCUGCUGUUUGGGUCUAUUAAUAACAGUCUGACUCACUGGAGGCCUUGGCAUGUGUGUAUAUGCUGGUGUGCUUCAUGUCUGUCAUGAUACCAUGGUGCCCUUAUCCCUUGCCCGAUGGUGCAAACUGGUCCCCACACAAUACAAACACAGUCAUUGCCAAACUAUUUGCCAUGUUUCCUCUUGAACGCAUUGAAGCAGCUUCAGGAGCCGUUUGGAGGAUCUCCACUGCCCCUGACAGGUCUCUUGGAGAUGUGCUGACCAGCAGGGAGCAUCCUUCUGCAUUAAUGAUGCAUCAGCUACAGUAAAACAUACCACAGUAUUAGCUUUCCGUAUUCCGGUUUACAUGCUGCUGACACGGGGCAUACAGCUGGGUCAGAGAGUGGACAGGUGAUGGGAUGCAGUAAAGGUGGAGGUCACAGGGUGUAUCUUUGAGGGUGAACGUAAGAGUAGGAGGUCAGGUUUCAGUAAUUAGCUCUUUUCUAGUUAACCUCAUUCUCAGAAUAAUUCAUUAGGUACGUACUAUAUUUACACAGAAGACAUAGACAGUGCUGACUGUGCUGCUCCAUUAAACUAAAUGUAAAAACAGAGAAAUACGGCAGCUUGUUAUUUCAGUGGAGACCAACCUUUGCAGUGUGACCAGAAGAUACAACUCCUGAGGUGCUGGUUUGUAGCUGGCUGAUUCCAAAAGGACCAUACCUGUGUUUCUGCAAGAAUUAAAGUGGAAAUAGACAACUUCUUUACAUCUCUUCCCCUCAAGCAUUUCCAAGUGGCGGCACCGCUGUUGCAAAGAUAACCAGAAUACUUCCUGUUUCUGUCACUUUAGAUGUUCCACCAUAUCCCAUUUCUGCUUCUUUGGUAAUUUAAUCCAUUCAGUUCAACAACAUUUCCAAAGUCUAGAAGAGCCACAGAAUUAAAUAAUUUUACCUCCUUUCAAAUUAACAUAGAGCUAAAUCAGAAAUUAGCCACUUGGCUCGCAAACGUCUGUGCACUUGCUCUAUGGGCCCAACGAUGCAGGAAUUUGAUACCCAGGAAGUCAAAGCUUUUUGGCUCCAUGCCCUAAUGAGCAAGUUUCAUAGGAAUAAACAGGGCCUCACUUUAACCCUUUGAAACCUGAAGCAACGUCACUUUCAAACUGCUGCUUUCAAACACCUUUUGCAAGUAUUUCAAUCUCUGAGCCCCAAGAAAGUUGGUGCAAUUUCUUUCAAAAACACGGGGAAAAAAAGGCAGUGAGCAACUUGGUAAGAAAUGUCCCACAAGUUGCAAAAAACUAAUAGAUUUAGAAAAUGAUCUAAAAUUGGGGAAAAAAGAAAAAGGCUGUUUAUAAAAUAUAUAUUUAGAAUUAAUAUUAUUACGUACUUAAAAUUAUGGGACAGAAUUAUUCGAAUUUUUAAGCACUUCUUCCAGGUCAUUUCCUUGUUUGUUUGUUUGUUUGUUUGUUUUUAACUUUAUUUUAUUUUAUUUUAUUUUUUUUAUUUAUUUAUUUAUUUUACUAAUUUUCUUAAUUAAUUUUUUUCUUUUUAUUAAUUUCUUGCAAAUUUUUGCGGCCAUUUCUUCUUUCAUUGCUCAUUGCUUUCUUUCCAUGUUUUUGUAAGAAAUCAAGCCAGUUUGAACACUGUAUCCAUGGAUGGACUUCAACUGCAAAAUGUCAUUCAAAUUAAUACCUACUAACCAGGAAGAGACUCAAAAUGACCACAAGGAGCCACAGAAAGACCCCAAAGAGAUGCAUAGGAACUGC